CAGACGGGACCUGCUCCAGAGCCGCCCAUGGACAUCCUCGGCCCGCUUGUGCUCCUGGCCGCCUCCGUGUCUCCGGGUUUGGGCUCCUGGGGCGUGUCCAGCCCCCAGAGAGUGGCGGGUGUCCAGGGCUCCUGCCUCCUGAUCCCCUGCGUCUUCUCCUACCCCGACAACGUGCGGGUGUCUGAUGGCAUCACGGCCAUCUGGUACUACGACCAGGCCGACAGUCGGAAGGUGGUGAGCCACUCGGCACAGCCUGAGCUGGUCGAGGCCCGUUUCCGCCAGCGGGCGCAGCUGGUGGGGCAGGUGAUGCACCGGACGUGCAACCUGCUGCUCAAGCAGCUACAGCCCGAGGACGCCGGCACCUACAAGUUCCGCUUCGAGAUCAACGGAGGCGACCGUUGGUUGGACGUCAUAGGCACCGUGGUGACCGUCACAGCCAUGCCCCAGACACCCACCCUGGUGUCACCAGCCAUGCUUCUGGAAGGCACCGAGGUGGACUUCAACUGCUCCACCCCCUACGCCUGCUUCAUGGAGCCCGCGAGGCUGCAGUGGGAAGGCCAGGACCGCGCCCGCUCCGCCACCUUGGACCACCAGAGGGUCGAGCCCACGGGCGUCAGCCUCACGCAGAUGCUCCACAUGGCACUGUCCUGGCGGGACCACGGCCGGACGCUGAGCUGCCGGGUCUUGCUGGGCGCACACCAGAGCCAGGGCCAGCUCCAGCUCCAAGUGCAGUAUACCCCCAAGGGUGUGUCUGCCCUCCUCCAGCCUUCGGAGCAGAACAUCCGCCUGGGGGAGCAGGUCACCCUCACCUGCCACGUGAACAGCAGCUACCCCGAGGUCCGCUCCGUGCAGUGGCUCAAGGAUGGCCAGUUGCUCCAGGUGGAGGGCCAGGUGCUGCAGCUGCCUCGGGUGGCCUGGAGUGACUCUGGGCUCUACGCCUGCCGCGCGGAGAACAGCGUGGGCUCCUCAGAAUCGGCCCCCGUCGACCUCCACAUCUUCACCGCUGAGGUCCAGGUGAGCCCCGCGGGCACCAUCGUGGAGAACCAGACGGUGACUCUGACCUGUACCAUGCCCAGAGAGGCCAACGGGACGCGCUACAGCUGGUACAAGAACCAGCAGCUCCUGGAGGGUGCCCAGGACGCCAGCCUCCGGCUGCACCCUGUCCGCAGGGCCGACUCCGGCUUCUACUUCUGCGAGGUGCUGAACGCCCGCGGGCGGGCACGCUCGGGGCCCGUCAGCCUGGUGGUCCAGUACCCGCCCCUUGCUCCCGUGCUGACGGCCUUUCUGGAGACGCAGGGGGCGCUGGUGGGCCUCAUCCACUGCUCCGUGUCCAGCGAGCCCCCCUCCACGCUGGUGCUGGCCCGGGGGCGCGUGGUGCUGGCCUCCUCGGAGGCGGGUGGGCAGGACCCGCGCCUCAGCGUCGCCUCCGGGCCCAACUCCCUGCGUGUGGAGCUCCGGGACCUGCAGCCCGCAGACAGGGGGCAGUACCGCUGCGUGGCCACCAACACCCUGGGGAAGGCCUCCUCCACCCUGGACUUCCGUGACCUGGCAGUGCGCCUCCUCAUCAGCCCGGCUGCGGAGGUGGUGGAGGGACAGGCGGUGACCCUGACCUGCAGGAGAGGCCUGCGCCCCACGCCCGACACCCGCUUCUCGUGGUACCGGAAUGGGGUCCUGCUUCUUGAGGGGCCCAGCAGCAGCCUCCAGCUCCCGGCCGCCUCCAGCGCCGACGCCGGCUCGUACCACUGCCGGGCCCGGGACGGUGACAGCGCCGGCGGCACCUCCUUGGCUGCCGUCCUGACAGUGCUCUACGCCCCCCGCCGGCCAACCUUCACUGCCCAGCUGGACCCCGAAGCCGCCGGCCGCCACGGGCUGCUGCUGUGCCGCGUGGACAGCGACCCCCCCGCCCUGCUGCGUCUGCUCCGAGGGUCCCGCGUGCUGGCCUCUUCCCCGGGCUCCUGCGGGGGCUGCCCCUCGCGCCUGAAGGUCACUCGCGGCCCCAACCUGCUCCGCGUGGAGAUCGAGGACCCCGUGCUGGAGGACGAGGGCGCAUACCUGUGCGAGGCGACCAACGCCCUGGGCAACGCCUCUGCCUCGGCGACCUUCGAUGGCCGGGCCACGGUCCUGCUGGUCACCCCCAGCCACGUGCUGCAGGAGGGCAGCACGGCCACCCUGACCUGCACCGUGAGCAGAGACGCCCGCGCGGGCGCCGCCAAUGUUUCCUGGUUCCGGAACGGGCUGCCGUGGGCGCAGGGCCCUCAGCAGACAGUGACCCUGCAGCCCGUGGCCAGGAGGGACGCAGCCCUGUAUGCCUGCCGCGUGCUGGCGGAGGAGGGCGGCCAGCCCUCGGCCCCCGUGGUCCUGAGCGUGACGUACCCCCCGGACCCACCCAAGCUGUCCGCGCUCCUGGACGUGGGCCAGGGACGCACGGCCCUGUUCGUCUGCACCGUGGACAGCCAGCCGCCCGCCCAGCUCUCCCUGUUCCACGGGGAGCGCCGCCUGGCCACCAGCCCGAGGGCCCAGCUCCCACCCAGUGACCGCCUGCAGCUCAGAGUCACAGCCAACUCCCUGCAGCUCGAGGUUCGAGAGCUGGGCCUGGAGGACUCCGGCAGCUACCGCUGCGAGGCCACAAAUGUCCUGGGGUCAGCCAAUACCUCCCUCUUCUUCCAGGUCCAAGGGGCCUGGGUCCACGUGUCCCCGUCCCCGGAGCUCCAAGAGGGCCAGGCUGUGGUCAUGAGCUGCCAGGUGCCCCUGGGGACCCCCGAGGGAGCCUCCUACCACUGGUACCGGGACGGCCGCCUCCUGCCGGACUCCACCUCGGCCAGCCUCCGCUUUGCCGCCGUGACUGUGAGCCAGGCUGGGGCCUACCACUGCCAGGUGCAGGUCCCGGCCUCGGCCAGCACCAGCCUGGCCACGCCGGUCAGCCUCCACGUGACCCAUGCCCCGCGCCAGCUGGCACUCACCACCCUGAUGGACACGGGCCCCCGGCGCCUGGGCCUCCUCCUGUGCCAGGCCCACAGUGACCCUCCGGCCCAGCUGCGCCUGCUCCACGGGGACAACCUGGUGGCGUCCACCCUGCGGGGGCCGGAGGAACCUGCCAGCCGCUCCCCCCGGCUGCAGGUGACCGUGGCCCCCAACGCACUGCGCCUGGAGAUCCACAACGCCACCCUGGAGGACGAGGGUGUCUACAGCUGCCAGGCCACCAACACCCUGGGCCAGGCCUCGGCCUCAGCCAGCUUUGACGCGCAGGCCGUGAGUGUGCAGGUAUGGCCCACGCUGGCCGUGCAGGAGGGGCAGCUGGCGAACCUGACCUGCCAGGUGUGGGCCUCCCGGCCGGCCCAGCUCACCUACACCUGGUACCGGGACGGGCAGCAGCGGCCGGGCGCCCGCUCCAUCGUCCUGCCCAACGUCACCGUGGCCGACGCGGCCUCUUACCACUGCAGCGUGGCCCUCCCUGGCCAGGCCCCCCGCGUCUCCAGGCCCGUGGCCCUGGACGUCGUCUAUGCCCCCCGGAACCUCCGCCUGACCUCCCUGCUAGAGAGCCGCGGCGGGAGGCUGGCCCUGGUACAGUGCACGGUGGACAGCCGCCCGCCUGCACAGCUGGCCCUCAGCCACGCCGGCCGUGUCCUGGCCGCCUCCACCGCAGCCUCCAGCCCCAACGCCCUGCUCCUUGAGCUGCGCGAGCCAGGCCCCGACCAGGAGGGUCGGUACAGCUGCUCCGCCCACAACCCCCUCGGCCAGGCCUCUGCGUCCCUGGAGCUGCAGCUUGAGGUCACUCAGGUGACACUGGCCCCCUCGGCCGCCGUGCCCGAGGGGACUCCCGUCACGGUGACCUGUGAAGACCCAGCCGCCCACCCACCCACCCUCUACACCUGGUAUCACAACGGCCGGUGGCUGCGGGAGGGGCCCUCGACCACCCUCUCCUUCCCCCGGGUCUCCCGGGCUCAUGCCGGGGCCUACAUGUGCCAGGGCCAGGAUGCCCAGGGCAGCCGCAGCUCCCGGCCCACAGCCCUGCGCGUGCUCUAUGCACCUCGGGACGCUGUCCUGUCCUCCUUCCGGGACUCGAGGGCCAGCCCCGCGGCCGUGGUGCAGUGCACGGUGGACAGCGAGCCCCCCGCCGAGCUGACCCUGGCCCACCACGGCCAGGUGCUGGCCACCAGCGCUGACGGGGCGGUGGGCACAGGCCGGGUCCAGGUGGCCCGCAACGCCCUGUGGCUGCAAGUGAAAGACACGCCCCUGGGGGACGGGGACACGUACGUGUGCACAGCCCGCAACCUGCUGGGCUCCGUCAGCACCAGGCGGCUGCAGGCAGAGGGUGUGCGCGUGGUGGCAGAGCCGGGGCUGGACGUGCCCGAGGGGGCAGCGCUGAACCUUAGCUGUCAGCUGCCCGGUGGCCAGGGCCCGGGGGAGAACGCCACCUUCUCCUGGCUCUGGAACGGCCGGCAGCUGCGUGCGGAGCCCCAACCCACCCUCGCCUUCUCCCACGUGGCCCGCGGCCAGGCCGGGGCGUACCAGUGCCGGGCCAGGCUCCCCGCAGGGACAGCCACCUCCGCCGCCGUCCUGCUCCGAGUGCUCUACCCUCCGGACACGCCCACAAUGACGGUCUUCGUGGAGGCGGAGGGUGGCGCCCAGGGCAUCCUGGACUGCCGGGUGGACAGCGAGCCCCUCGCCAGCCUCACCCUCCACCUGGACGGACAGCUGGUGGCCUCCAGCCAGCCCCGGGGCGGCCCUGCCCAGCCUCACACACGCGUCUCGGCCUCCCCCAACGCCCUGAGGGUGGCCGUGGAGGCGCCUCGGGCGGGCGACCAGGGCCAGUACGUGUGCACAGCCUCCAACGCGCUGGGCUCGGCCUCGGCCUCCGCCUACUUUGGAGCCAGAGCCCUGCAGCGCCUGCACCUGUUCCAGUGGCUACUCUGGGCGCUGGGGCUGCUGGCGGCCAUCCUGCUGCUCCUGCUCGUCCUGGGGGCCUCCUGCCUGUGGAGACGGCACUCUUGCUCUUGCAGAAGGAGGCUUUGCCGCCAGACGAACGUGGGUGAGAGCUCGGUGGAGAUGAUGUCUCCCAAGGAGACCUUGCAGCUCUUGGAUCCUGGGCGGCCGCACCUCUGAGCUCGUCCUGUUCUUGGCUGCUGAGUGACUUCCUUCUCAGGAGGAAAGGGGAGCCGGAUUCUCUGAGGACCUCUGUGAACGAGGCUGGGUGGGUGGGUCCUGCCGGCCUCUGUGGAAACAAUGGGGUGAUGGUUGGGUUUCUACGACCUGACCCAAACCUCUGGCCUGAAGAAAUAUGGGCAGCGGGUGGAAGAGGCGGACAAGGAUGCCCCCAAGAGCGGCGCCUUCAGGGGAGGCUGGAGAGAAACGAGUUGUUGUGUUCCCACGUCUCUUCCUCUCUUCUCUGCAUCACACCUCUUCGUGUCCCUCCCACUGCACGGUCUCGUCAUACCGUCCUCCUCUGACC